CAAUAUGAAGAUUGAUAAAAGAAAAUUUACUGAGAAAAGAAGAAAAUGUUCUCUCACUGAAAUGAAAUUUGAUAAACCCUAAACUGGGGAACCCUGAACUCACCACACAACAGAGAAUCUGAAUCCCAUAGCAGAAAUAACUAGCAAACAAUGCAACAAGUCUUAACAUUAUUGUAGAAUUUUGGAUUUUGUUUCACUCAGGAUAACCAUAGUAACCAUGGGUCGUCACUCUUCUGGCAACCACUCUCCCUCAUCCCGCCGUCACCGGAGCCACCGCAGCAUCUCUCCGCAGCUGCGAGAAAAGCAUGAGCGUUCCGCCCGCACCGCGGCUAGGUCGAUUCGGACGGAUUCCGGUUCUCCGGAUUCUCCCUCUCGCUCGCGCUCUCCGUCUCCGCGAACGAAGCGGUUGAAGAGAGCUCAGACGGACCGUGAGCCUCGUGAGAGUGAGAGGAGCCGUGGUAGUAGCAGAGGGAGAGGUUCGGAGAGGGAAGGGGCUGAGCGGAGGGAGAAGAGGAGGACGGAAAACGACGGAGGUGGCGGUGGUAGUGGAAGGAGUAGCAAAUCGGAGAAGAGAACGGAGAACGAAGAUAGUGGCGGGAGAAGUAACAAAUCGUCGCGGUCGAGGCACGAGAGGUCGCCGGAGCGCGAGCACAAUGGAAGGAGCCGACAUAGGUCUCAGUCUCCGCCGCAUCGUCACGCCUCCUCCGGGAAUGCAAAGCCUCGUGAUGAGAUGAUCAACUCCAGCGGAGCUGAAGAAAUGUAAGUUUCUGUUUGAACUCUGAAUUUUAUUUACCAUAUUGUUUGUUUGUUGGUUUUUGUUUGAUUUAAGCU